CGCGCAUUAAUGUUUUCGUUAUUCAUAUUUAUGUUAAGUAGAUAAAUUAAGUCAUCCGAUGUAGUUCAUUCGAUUUUUAUUUUUUAAUAGUUAAUACAAAUUGUAAUUUAUUACAAAUAAAAAUAAAUUUCACCUUUGUAUGUAUAAAUUUACUUCUUUUAAGUAUAUUCCCAGUCAAAUUUCCUUUUAGAAAAAUUACACUGCAUAACAAUUAUCGUAAAUGGAAAAAACGAACAGUGCAUGGAGUCUGUAUUAUGAUGUAAUCAGUUAAUUAUGAGACCAGGCAGUUUAUUUCCGAACUUUUUUGAUUAGCGAUAAAUGACGAAAUACAUUAUACUUGCACGCACCGCCGGGCGGUUCUUUUGUGUUUGAUAGGAUUAUAUAGGUACCUAUAUUUCUUUAAACCACGAGAUUUUAUAAUAUAUUAUUGAUAAUUGAUCGUUUAUUUAAGAAAUAAUCCUAUUGUUUGUUGUGUCGAUUAUUUAUAAAUUAUAAUGUACAUAUGAACACCAUGUUCAGGAAAAGAAAAAAAUCUAAGUGCCCGGGCAGCGAUCGCCGCCUAGAUCGAGCCAAUACUGGUUGUAUACGUAAUAGUUAAUACCAUGAUAAACCAUAAUUUUGCAUUUUACUUUAUUUAUUUAACUAUUUAAAUUUUAUUUAUAUUUAUGUUUGGUUUGCAUUGUGACCUUGAUUAUGUUGAUUUGUAUUCCUGCCAUACGAAAUAAAUGAAAAAAAAGCCUCUACCAGCAGCUCAAUAGAUCCAUUUACACAAUUCCGAUAUUGAUAAUCAAUUUGCAAAUUUGGUUAAAAAAAUCGGUUUAACAGCUGACGGACGAACAACAUUUAGAACCCCUGUUUAGAUUGCCCCUUCAAUGUUAAUCAUACAGUGAUAAUUGAUAAGAAUAUUUUUUUUUCAUUAUUAAUUUAUGAAUUUUCUUUGAGGACAAAUAUUAUUUCAGUUACGUACCUACGCAUUUUCAAAAAAUAAUCGGAAAAUGGUUGUCACAAACAACCAUGAGUUACCCACGUUUGAAGAAUUGACCGUAGAAGAAGUGCCAAUCAGCACUCCAGGUCUCCGCGCUGCUGCUCAUCAUAUUGGUAAUUUACAAAAAAUAUUACUGUAACAUUUCAAAUAAUCAGCAUGUCUAUUUGUAAUUAUUGUGUUUAGGAAAAUAUUGUUUGGAAGUAAAUGAUGAAUUUAUGAUGUGUAAAGAAGAUACUAAUGACCCACGUAAAUGCUUGAAUGAAGGCAAGGCGGUCACUAGUUGUGCACUUGAGUUCUUCAGAAAGCUGAAAGGCAAUUGUUAUGACGAAUUUCAAAUAUAUAGCAACUGUAUUGAUAAAUCUAGUAGCACCUUGGACUUUCAACCCUGUCGUAAAACUCAAGCUGUGUAUGACAAGUGUGUAUUUGAAAAAUUGGGUAUUGAGCGACCUGAACACGGUUUCUUUUGCAAACCACGGGUCUACACUGGAAAUCGUCCGAAACCAGUUGAAGAACUUACAGUAUUUAGCGAUUUACCAGUCGGUCUUAAAGAUUUUGAAGAUGAAGAAAGACCGCCUGCAAAAUAUGGAAUUCGUAAUUGGUUCAUGAAGUAAUUUGGCUGUAAUUCUAAAAAGUUUUAAGUUCAAUGUUAUUAGUGAUUGUAAUGUUAAAAAAAAAUUAUUGUUAUUAUGAGAUCAUAAAUUGUAUUUUCAUUUAAAGUUCACAUGGUAGAGAAUUGUAAUAAAUGCGCUAUGAAUAAUUUAUAUAAAAUUAAUGUUCUAUAUAUAAAUUACAUGAUGAGUAUGACAUUAAAUUAGUGGUUCUUCAACAGUGGUCCGCGACAGCUCUAUCAAUAAAUAUUGAUUAGGAUAACAUAAAUAUUUUGUAAAAAAAAAAGUAUAAGUAGGAGGUUUGCAAUUUCUAAGUUUCAUUAGAGGUCCAAGUACACCAAAAGUUUAAGAAACAAAUAAGUAGCAUUAACAGCAUUAAAUAAUAUUGUAUGAAUUAUUUGAAAUUAAAUAUAUAAAUAAUAAGUACUCGUCUGAGUUUAUAUACAAAACAAAAUAUAACAAAAUAACACGUAUUUAUAACAUAGGCAUAUGUGAAAUAUCUAAAAAGUCAAAUGUUAGUUCGACUGGUCGCACUGAUCCAAAAAAGUCUGUGAUAGGAACUUUUGCUGGGUCCCUGUGAAAUAAGUCUGUUCGCACACCAACAGUUGAAAUACAAUCUUGUUUAGGACACACCCCAAGCUGGAAAUUAAAAUAAACAUGUUAUU